GCGGGAUGGGCUUCUCGGCCGUAGCGGCUUUUUGGACACGGAUUUUGCUGUCAUUUUAACGCCUUCUGUCGGAGUCUUAAACAUCUUGAGACUUGCUGUCACUCAAGGAUGUCAAUCAAAGAAGGAUGGUUAAGGAAGUGGUCCCGUAUGUCAUAGUUUUUCUCUAACCCAUUUUAUCCUUCAGACACAAAAAACCAAUGGGGUAACGUGUACUGCAAACUGCUUCCCUCUGGUUGGUUCCAGUGGUAUGAUGAUGCCAGUUCCACCUCACCUAAGAGGAGUGUGGAUGUCAGGGUAGGUUCGCCGCAUAACCCCAUAUUUUUAUCGCUGGUGUGAAGAGUGUCACUGCUUUCCUCGCGUUUGGAGACGUAUUGCACAGGGUUCCGUGCAAACCAGCCUCUAUAACGCCAGCUGAAAUACCCCAAGCGUUUGGUGUCCCCCACGAACCUCGCCCGGAGACCAAAGUGUCGUUUUUCGUUUGCUCCUCUCCUGCGGAAAUGAAUUCCUGGAUGAAUGCCAUCAUGUCACUAAUACAAGGUGGUGGUGGUGGGUAUCAACCGCCUGGACCACCCAUGGGCUCCAUGCCUCCCUAUUCGACUCCUCAGGGUAUGCCAGCAAUGCCGUCAAUGCCUGGUACGAUCGGAUUCGGAGGAUUCGCAGAUGCCCCUCCCCAGUACAGUCCACAACCUCAAGCUCCGGCAUACGGCUCUUACCAGCAACAGCCUGGAUAUAACUCAGGCCCAGCUUACAACUACCCUACCGGGUCAUAUUGUCAGCCGCAGGUACCGCUUGCGCCAGCAGCUACGUAUGGAGGUGGCGGAGCUUAUCCUCGCCAACCUCCGCCACCUCCGGGACAGACAAGCUACUACACGCCGCCCUCUGCCGGUCAGCAGUUUGUCGGGUCUAACGGUCAGCCCUACGAAGUUGUUUACGUGGGAGGCAAACCUAAAAAGAAAAAGCUUUUGAAGAAUGCAGCCGUUGGUCUUGCAUCCGGAUUGGCCGGUGGAUAUCUGGCGAGCAAAGUUUUUGGCGGCGGAGGGUGGUGUCGGCCCUGGGGUGGAGGUUGGGGUGGGGGCUGGGGCAUGGGUCGUUGGGGCAGCUGGAGUUCAUUUUCCAGUCUAAUUGAUCUAUCUAUACGAAUAACUAAUCGUCGUUCAAACCGACCUUCCACCAAAGCGCACAGUCCCUUCUACUGGCGACUUUUCUCUUCUUUGCUUGCCUUCAAUCAGUUUAUGACUUCAGAUCCGUACCAGUCCAAAGCCCAUUAUUGUCCAUCGGUUGCGAAACAUUCGAACACGUACUUUGACUUUCUUCUAUCUCAAAUGUCUGUUUAACACGUGCAUUCAUUCUCUAAAACAGCGUUGACUUUGGC